AUGGCAGGUCCACCACAUCCACAUUCUUACUUAGGCUGGUGGGGAGAUCUCGGUUCCCCCAAACAAAAGUACAUCACUCAGUACACUGUUUCACCAUACGUUGCUAAGCCAUUCAAAGGUGCUGCUUACAAUGCAGUUUUCAAUACUUUCAGAAGAACUAAGAACCAAUUCUUAUACCUUGCCAUCCCAUUCGUUGUUGUCUGGAGUAUUUGGGCCAAAGCAAGAGACUACAAUGAAUACUUGUACACCAAAGCUGGUAGAGAAGAGUUGGAGAGAGUCAAUGUAUAG